GAUGUGACUGAGCCAACGUUACAUCACUUCUUUGGGAAGUGAAAUUGGUUUUGAAUGUUUGCACAAGUCAAUGUUUUCAAUGGGCCUGACAUCUGGCCUGUGGGGGCUGGGACUCAGAAGGGGGAAGGAUGUUUCGGGAGUGACUCAGCGAGCGCAUAAAGACAAGGAGUGCAUCCGGGAGAGAGACACGCCCUGGUUCAAGUUUUCCUCAUUUCUCAGCGUCCUUCUAAGCUCCACUCUCCCGCCGGCUCCUCACCAACAACAUGGCCUUCACAGGGAAAUACAUUCUGGAGAGCCAGGAGAACUACGAGCAGUUCCUGGAAGCCAUUGGCCUCCUCAGUGCUAAGACGGACCACAAGGUAGUGACAGAGGUGGUCCAGGAUGGCGACCACUUCACCUGGACCCAGUCCAUCCCCAACUGGACCUGGUCCAACGAGUUCACCAUCGGACAGGAGUGUGAACUACAGACAAUGACGGGGGCCAAAUUCACGGCUAAUGUGACCAUGGAGGGUGGGAAGAUCAAAAUACAAUUCCCCCAGUACUUGUUUACAGCAGAGAUCGUUGAAGACAAGCUUGAAAUGAACUGCACCACUCCUGGAGACACGGGCCUGGUGUUCAAGCGAGUCAACACCAGGACAUGAGGCUCCCCAGAUCAGGCUCGGUCCUGUACCGCCACGACGGGUCUGCCAGACGCUGGCCGUGCAAAAGAAACCAUGGCUGACAUCACGUUUUCCCUCACAUCACAGACGAAGACCGCCCUCGGUCUGGCUGGAACUACAGAGUGUUAUUUGCUCGCUAGGUUAGUUAACUUUAUAGAGAUGGCAAAACCACACAUUUAUAAUUCUUCUGUUAAUUCCUUGAAUAAAAUGCUUUGGACACUA